ACCAGCAGCUCCAGCAGCGACGAGUACUCCGGUGACAUCACCUACUACACCAUCGGCCUCGGCUCUUGCGGUGAGGACGACAGCGGCCAGGACCAGAGCGCCAGCAUUGUCGCCAUCGCUGUCGGCCUCAUGGGCUCCCAGUCCAACGGCAACCCCAUGUGCGGCAAGACGAUCACCAUCCACGGUGGCGGCAAGACGACCACUGCCACCGUCAAGGACAAGUGCAUGGGCUGCGCUCCCCACGACAUCGACGUCAGCGAGAAGGUCUUCCUCGAGCUCUUCGGCAGCCUCGACGGCGGUCGUGAGCCCGUCACCUGGUCUUUCAACUAA